GCUGUCUGUGCAAAGCACUCGGAGGGCAGGAAAUCAGCAGAGAAGGUGGCGAGAGAAAGAGAGAGAAGGACAGGGUAUGCGUUUGAGAUCUCCUGGAGCCUUUUUGCACUCUAGACACGCUAUGAUUCACUGCCCAAUGUGAUGAGGAAGAAGCCAUUUCCCUCCCUUUCAAUUUGUGGGAACCGGAGAGAGACUAGUUUUCACCAUCCCUGCUAACAGAGAUUAUGGGUUGCUGCUGCAGUGACUACGAUGAUGACUGGGAUGAGAACAUAGAAAUUUGUGAGACAUGUCACUACCCUGUUGACCCUGCCACCAAGUCCCAGAGGCUGAUUUCCAAUGGGUCUGAAAUGUACAAUCCUCUGAUGUCUUGCGAAACUAUUCCUCCUCCCAGCUCACCUCUUCAAGAUAAACUGGUGGUUGCAUUAUACGAUUAUGAGUCACUGCAUGAUGGAGAUCUGGUGCUCCGGAAAGGUGAACAGCUCCGGGUAUUGGAAGAGACCGGGGAAUGGUGGAAAGCGCAAUCUCUCACCACCGGGCGAGUGGGUUACAUUCCAAGAAACUUUGUUGCCAGGAUGAACACCCUGGAGCAAGAGCCCUGGUUUUUCAAAGCUCUCAGCAGGAAGGAUGCAGAACGGCAGCUCUUGACCGCAGGCAACACGCAUGGCGCUUUCCUCAUUCGGGAGAGUGAAUCCACCAAAGGCUCCUUUUCCCUCUCCAUUCGUGACUUUGACAAGAACCAGGGAGAAGUUGUGAAGCACUAUAAGAUCCGCAAUAUGGACAACGGCGGCUUUUACAUCUCCCCUCGCAUCACCUUUGAGAGUCUGCACCAGCUGGUGGAGCAUUAUAUGAACAACAUGGAUGGGCUUUGCACCCGCCUUGGCAAGCCCUGCCAGACGCAGAAGCCACAGAAACCCUGGUGGCAGGAUGAGUGGGAGGUGCCUCGGGAGAGCCUCAAGCUGGUGGAGAAACUGGGAGCCGGGCAGUUUGGAGAAGUUUGGAUGGGUUACUAUAACAGCCACACAAAAGUCGCCAUCAAGAGUCUGAAGCAAGGCAGCAUGUCGCCUGAGGCCUUCCUGGCUGAAGCUAACCUGAUGAAGAAACUGCGGCAUCCCCGGCUGGUGAGGCUUUAUGCUGUGGUGACCCAGAAGCCCAUGUACAUCAUCACUGAGUACAUGGAAAAAGGAAACUUGGUGGAUUUCCUCAAAGCUGUUGAAGGCAUCAAGCUGACCAUUUAUAAACUGCUGGAUAUGUCAGCACAGAUAGCGGAAGGAAUGGCCUUCCUUGAAAAGAAGAAUUAUAUCCAUCGUGACCUGCGAGCUGCCAACAUCUUGGUGUCAGAUAUGCUCUGCUGCAAGAUUGCUGAUUUCGGCCUGGCCCGGCUUAUAGAGGAUGAGUACACAGCUCAAGAGGGAGCAAAAUUUCCCAUCAAGUGGACAGCCCCAGAGGCUAUCAAUUAUGGGACAUUCACCAUCAAAUCAGAUGUUUGGUCAUUUGGGAUCUUGCUGACCGAGAUCAUCACCUACGGGCGGAUUCCUUACCCAGGGAUGAGCAACCCAGAGGUCAUACAGAAUUUGGAGCGAGGCUACCGGAUGCCUGCACCUGAAAACUGUCCGGAAGAGCUGUACAAACUGAUGCUUCAGUGCUGGAAGGAGAACCCUGAGCAGCGGCCCACAUUUGAGUACCUGAAAGGUGUCCUGGAGGACUUUUUCACUGCCACUGAAGGACAAUAUGAGCAGGGUGUGUGACAAUGGACUUCAGAGCAUCCCGAACAAUACAAUGCAAAAUCUCCCUUCAUGUUGCUCCCCUGCUCCCCCACCGAAACAUUUUGUAGCAAGAUGCACCUUGAAGACCUGGAGGAACCUAAUGUAUCCCAGAACCCAGAUGAAAUGACACCCUUUGAGUGAGAUUUAGAUGCCUUUCCUCAUAAUCCCUGUGGAGGAGAGAUGAGGGC